AUGGUUAAUGGAAGUUCGGCGGCAGCUACGAAGGCGGUUCGUUUGCAUAGGUCCGGCCUAAGCAUGGCGCCAUUCUGCUCGAUUUACGUGUGGAUGUGUGCCCUGCUCAGAGUGAUGGUGGAAUCAGCCAGCGCCGGCAACCCUCAUAUCAUAUACGCCGGAAUUUCCUACACCUACAAGCCUGACGUCGUGAUGCUGCUUCAUUCCCAGCCGCGAGUAAACGCGAAAGGGGCUUCGAUCGCUGACUUUCACAGCCUGUCUCAGUUUUCCAACAGCUUGAGCUGCUUUUGGUAG